AAUAGGAUUUUCUCUCAUUUAAAUAAUAGUUUUAUUUAAUUCCACAGACGUCCUUUUCAAUCAAUAUUAAACUUAAUACUGUUUUGUUGAUAACAAAGACUGUUACGGGAAGGAUGUAACCAUUGAUGAACAUUGAUUUUACUGGUGUAGUUUAUUUAACUGAUGCAAAGUUAUAAGGAAUAGACCAGACUCCUAAGGUGUUUUAAAAGUAUUUGUUAGAUACAUUUACCACGGCUUAACUGGAUUGGAGGUUUAGAGGCUUAAAACACUGAUACAGAUAUUAGCUUGUUAAUAUAUAUAGACGGUUUUCAGUUUCGUGGGCAAAAACGUCGACUAUCAAGAUGAGGAAACGUUCGAUCUCUGAUGAGAAGGAGAAUAUCAGCGUAUCUGAGCAGAAAUCAGAUCAUUCACAAAAACAGAAACGACCGAAAGAGACAUUUUAUACUGUUGAAGAAUUCGUAAAAGAAGACGUUUAUUUGAUAAACAGAAAAACGAAAGUUGAUAAAAAUCUCCUUGCUAAUAGUCUUACUGCGAAACUAAGACAGGGUAUACCAGGCGAAGUGGCAGUAAACGGUGGUUUAAUGAACAAAAUCAGACGGGAAAGUCUCAAAGAUCUCGUUCAACUUAACCAUCUUAAUAAGCAACUUAGUAACGAAAUGCAAAUGGAGGCCAAUCGUAUCGACAGUCAGAGUCAGCAGUUGGUUAGGAGACAGGAACAGAUGAAAAGGCAAUCAGAAUAUCUCAGGAAAAAUCAAGAUAAAAUCAGAUCUCAAAUUAGAGGUCGAUCUGGAAAUACCAGCUCAAAAGUAUCAUCGCUACCUACAUUGAAAAUGUCCUCAUCUGCCUAUACUAGUACAGCAUUGGAUGACGAACAUCGCCGAGAAAAUUUAUCAAGGACAUCGUCACGUGAUUCAGCGAAACAAAGAAAGGAUCUGAAAUCUAAUUUCAAUAUGUUUCCUGUAGAAUAUGAAAAUGAAGAUCCAACAUAUGUCAAGCAUUUCAAACAUAUGGGACUCUUUCAACCGCAUAAUAAAUACCAUCAUCUUAACGAGAAACAAUUUCCAGAGAAAAGCAUUUUAAGAAAAUCUUAUUUCAUGCCAGAAUAUGAAAUUCUGACAUUGUCUAUGAAAGAUUCCGACCUCAACAGCGAGGAUGGUAGCUCAGUGAGUAGUAAACAGGACCAAAAAUCUCAAAAGAAAAAAGGUCUUCGGGUCACAUGGACCGGAUUGGAUCGCGAAACAGACGACAGGUCUGCUACUACAUAUUACACAUCGCAAUCGCCUACUGACAGUGUAUCAGUGAAGAGUUUUAAAAGUGACUCUAAUGCACAACCAGUAAGUUUUACAAAACCUGGUAAAAGUAAAUUAGAUUGCGUUGGUAUCCGUUGGAAGUUGCCACCUCAGGGUAUGAGAUCAUCACUCUCUGCCGGAAAUCGACCGAAAAGGGUUUCACAUAACUUACAUCCUUGUGCGUCGGCUAUGAAUAAGUUUGGUACCUCUAUUACAAAACAAAAAUGGGCUGUUCCAACGAUGACAUCAAACACAUCAACAUAUGAACUUUAUAAAAACUGGCUAGCAAAACUUGAAUUGUUAAAAAAUCCCAAUGAAGAUAACAUUUAUCCAGCACAACGUAAUCAAACGACGAACGAAAGUAUUAGCUAUACUGUCCCUGUGACAGAACGUCCCCCAGUAUCAAUGUAUACUGUGUAAAUAAAUAACAAAAAGUGUUAGUAUCUAAUAUAUUAAAUUAAUAUACAUUA